AUGCCGAGAAGAAGCAGCAGAAGGAGGGAAGCGCGGGGGGAAGCCGAGCUCCAAGAGCAGGUUCUAAAGCACCAAGAACAGGCGGCUUUCCUGAGCAGAUCGAGAGCCGAGCCGGAGGAACGGCGGUCCCCAAUGCGCAAAGCAGAAGCAGAUGCUCGGUCGGCGAGGACGGAAGGCAAAGACCCAUCCAUCUCGGGAUAG